AUGAAGCUGGUAACUGUCUUCCUGCUGGUGACAAUCAGCAUUUGCAGCUACUCUGCUACUGCCUUCCUCAUCGAUAGUUUUUCCCUUCCUGCCCCAGUUGACAAAGUGCUGCCUUUACCUCUGGACAAUGUCCUUUCCUUCAUGGAUCCAUUAAAGCUUCUUCUGAAAACUCUUGGCAUUUCUGUUGAGCACCUUAUAGAAGGGCUGAGAAAGUGUGUGAAUGAGCUGGGACAAGAGGCUUCUGAGUCUGUGAAGAAACUGCUGGAGGCCCUAUCACACUUGGUGUAACUGCAGGAUAAAGAAGAGUGAAGUUGAAGGAGGAUGAUUCUCCCAAGGCCCUGGAUAAACCCCAUUCCACUGAAUAACAGACUAAAUGCCCUAAAAUGU